AGCAACGACUCGCAUCCAUCUCUCUGCAUAAGUACUUGUUAGCUGGGCCUCUCGAUCUGAGCAGCACUCGGCUCGGUGAAGAUGGCUUCCAAAAUCGCAGGACUAGAUUCUCUCACUCUCAGAGCCUUUGACCAGGCAGGCUACUUCGAGACGAUUGAAUUUUACGCAUCACUUGGCUUUAUCGAGACCAAAUCCUUCUCAAGCGCAGAUGAGAACUCAGAGCCUGUCGAUGGUUUCUCCACAGAAAGCGAGCGUGAAGCUUGGCUCAUCAACUUCGACGAGGAGACUGAUGAGACCGUCGUGCUCAAAAUUGUAGUCCUAAAGAACAACGAUGAAAAGGCGAGCAAGCCACGCAGCAGCUUCACACUCAAGACUCGCAGUAUUCAAAGGCUCAUCUCGCACUUCGACAACGAUAAGAUUCAGUACACAAAGCAUCGAGCUGGCAGCCCGGCGGAACUGACUGCAACUGAUCCAUUGGGCAAUCAAGUCAGCUUCACGACGAGAUCGCACGCUUGUUCUUCAUCUCAAGUACUACAAGCCAAAGCCCAAGCAGAGUCACCGCGCAAAGGACAUAGUCGCGAAGCGAGUGCUCUCAAAAAUGCUCUGGGCGGAGACGUCCCAAGGCAAGCGAAUGGCAAGCGUAAACGAAUCGGCGUCAUGACGAGCGGUGGAGACUCUCCGGGUAUGAAUGCAUCUGUGCGCGCUGUAGUGCGUAUGUCCAUUGCUCUGGGCUGCGAAAGUUACGCCAUCUACGAAGGCUAUGAGGGUCUUGUGCAAGGUGGAGACUUGAUCAAGCGCAUGUCUUGGGAGGAUGUUCGAGGCUGGCUUAGUGAAGGAGGUACCCUGAUCGGUACUGCGCGCUGCAUGACAUUCCGGGAGCGUCCAGGGAGACUGACUGGUGCAAAGAAUCUGGUCCUAGCGGGCAUUGAUGCGCUGAUCAUCUGUGGUGGUGACGGCAGUUUGACUGGUGCAGACAUUUUCCGUGCAGAAUGGCCAUCACUCAUCGAGGAGCUCGUCAAGACGGGUGAGCUCACAGAAGAACAAGUCAGCCCCUACAAGCACCUGACCAUCGUCGGCCUGGUGGGCAGUAUUGACAACGACAUGUCGUCAACGGAUACGACAAUUGGUGCAUACUCCUCACUCCAUCGAAUUUGCGAGGCUGUUGACUCGAUUGGCGCUACAGCGCUGUCGCAUUCGCGCGCGUUCGUCAUCGAGGUCAUGGGUCGGCACUGUGGAUGGCUCGCCUUGAUGGCGGGUGUCUCUACUGGGGCUGAUUUCGUUUUUAUCCCGGAAAGACCACCUACUGAAGCUGAUUGGGAGGCUCAAAUGUGUGCGAGCAUCAAGGCCCAUCGCAAAUUGGGCCGUCGAAUUACAAUCAUCAUUGUUGCUGAGGGUGCGAUUGAUCGUGACCUGAAUCCCAUCACCCCUGGCGCCAUCAAGGACCUGCUAGUCUCAAAACUCAAACUUGACACGCGAGUAACCACUCUUGGACACAUUCAACGUGGAGGCACACCCUGCUUCUAUGACCGUUAUCUUGCGACAGUGCAAGGAUGUGAAGCUGUCAAAGCUGUCUUGGAUGCUACCCCGGAAACGCCUUCACCGAUGAUUGGCAUCACCGAAAAUGUCAUCACGAGAAACCCUCUCAUGGAUGCCGUCAAGCUGACUCAUGCAGUUGCUGAGAACAUUGAGCGGAAGGAUUUCGCAGCAGCCAUGGACCUGCGCGACCCAGAAUUUGCUGAGAACUUCGAGACCUAUAUUCAUACCUCGCAGGUCAAGUUGGAAGACCCAGAGUUUGCGUUACCAGCAGACAAGCGCCUUCGAGUCGCCAUCAUCCAUGUCGGUGCCCCAGCUGGCGGAAUGAAUUCGGCGACAGCCGCAGCUGUUCGCUAUUGUCUCAAUCGGGGUCAUACUCCACUAGGCUGUCACAAUGGAUUUCCUGGCCUGGUUCGCCAUGGUCACGAAGGAGGCGUACGAGAAUUCACUUGGAUGGGUGUAGAUGGAUGGACCAUGCGCGGCGGCUCAGAGAUUGGCACCAACCGUGAUUUGCCAGACAUUGAUCUUGGAAUGACGGCCUAUCAGUUCCAGAAGCACAAGUUUGACGCGCUCAUGCUCAUUGGUGGGUUCGAGGCCUUUACGGCGCUUGGACAGCUACACAAUGCUCGAAACCAAUAUCCAUCAUUCAGGAUUCCAAUGGUCUGUCUGCCAGCUACCAUCUCAAACAAUGUCCCCGGGACAGACUUCUCUCUCGGAUCAGACACUUGUCUCAAUGCGCUUGUACAAUACUGCGAUGCCACAAAGCAAAGUGCGUCUGCGUCCAGAAGACGUGUAUUUGUGGUCGAGGUACAAGGUGGCCGAUGUGGUUAUGUCGCUACCAUGGCGGGCUUGACUGUUGGAGCUCUUGCUAUCUACACACCAGAAGAUGGUAUCUCUCUCGAGAUGAUUUACAAUGACUUGCAACAUCUGAAGCAAUCCUAUGCUCUGGACCGUGGGGAGAACCGUGCUGGCAAGCUUAUUCUGCGAAAUGAAAAGGCUAGUGGCACAUAUACAACCGAGAUGAUCUCUAAGAUCAUCUCGACAGAGGCGCAUGGUCGAUUCGAGACGCGAACAGCAGUGCCUGGCCACAUUCAGCAAGGAGGAACUCCAUCGCCCAUGGAUCGUGUGCGAGCAACCAGACUGGCCAUCAAGUGCAUGCAAUUCAUUGAGGAGCAUGGGAAGAAGCCAAUUGACCAGCGACAUGUCCCCGAAACUGCAGCGGUCAUUGGUAUUCGUGGACAGAGUGUCAAGCUGACACCUGUUGCUGACCUCCUCGCUAGUGAGUCUGACAGCCGCGAACGCAGGCCCAAGGCUGCUUGGUGGCGGGACAUCAAGGAUACGGUCAAUUUGCUUAGUGGCCGUGCCAUACCUUCAGUCGUGCGUGAAUCUGAAUCUUUCCAUUGACGAGGUUAAGAAACACUUUCGGUAGACUCUAAGAUAGAAAGCGGCAAAUUGUGACUGC